GCGGAAGCAUGUUUGCGCCUUUGAGGUGGCUCCGCGAGUCUCCGCGUCACUUGCUAGUGUGCGAGAGGAGCCACGUGCGGCACGAGCGAUCCCGCCACGCGGCGCACGUGCGCGACCAUGCCUUCAACUGCCGGGUGUCUUUUUUGAUUCCUGAUUGUGGAAUAGCUCCAGAUGCACUAAAAAAUGCAGUUGCCAAUGUUGGAGAAUAUUAUCUGGUGAAGAAUUUAUCCCUUCAUGAGUUUGUUACACAAGAAUUUAUUAAUACAUUUGUGAAAAAAGGUUCAUGUUACGCUCUUACAUAUAAUACAAGGAUUGACCAAGACAAUACUGCUGCUCUGCUACCAACAGGCAAAUUAAUUAUAUCAGUAGACAAGGACACUUAUGAAGAGCUUGGACUGCAAGGCCGCCCUUCUCUGUAUUCUGGUAAAAAGCCAAUGAGAUACAUUAUUACUGUUGACUUGAAUGAUUCAGCCUUCAGUCCUAAAAGUAAGAAACAUAACAGAGUGAUCUGGGCCUUGAAAGAAAAAAAGCCACUAAAGUUUGAUUUCUUAUUGGCUUGGCAUCACACAGGAUCAGAAGAAUCAAGUCUGAGGUCAUACUUUUUGAAAAAUGAAAUACAGGCCCAUCAGCCAAAAAUAACAUUCAGCACAUUAAAACAUGUGCAGUGUCCAGUUCUGGAGAGUAAUAAACUGCAAGGAGAGCCAGAAGCAGCAUGCAGCGCACAGGAAUUCUUUGAAUGGCUAGGGGCGAUUUCUACUCAUGUUGGCUUAGAAAACACAUCCUCUAGUUUCUUAUCAACCUAUUCAUGCCCUCAGCCAAGCACACUGGUAGAACAAGCAUUGUUGUGUACAAUAACUGGCUUUAUACUUCCAGAGAAGAUAAAUCAUUUAUUGGAGCAAAUAAGUUACUAUUUUGAAGAACCAAAGUUGGCUCACUGGGUAUCUCUGGUUGUACAUGGCUUUGCUGACAGUCCUGUUUCCUGGAGAGAAAGUGAACAUGGUUUUCUAAAGGGGGGAGAGAAUUUAUACAACUUUGUAAUUUUUAGGAGCCUGGACUACUGGCUACAAAUGGCAGUUGGUGCAUAUGAUGAUUGCCCUUAAAGACAAUUGGAUCCAUUCAGAGAUGUUAUAUUAAAUAGAUAUUCCUGUAAAAUUCCUGUAUGUUUGGUUUUUUUAUAGUUAAAAUUUGGGGGGUUGAUUCUCAUCCUCAAAACCUUAUGUGGCAAAGUUAGAAAGCUGAUUAUGUGGAACCUGAAAAAAAGGGAAGUGAACUUCUGUCCCAGCACACAUUUUUAAUUAAAGUAUUUGAGAGAAGCUCUCUUGGGCAAGAAAUCUGCCUCCUAAAGUAAUAGCAAAAUCAAAACUUUUUUUCUUUACAGGAUAGCCCAUGGAGGCUGAGCUGGGAAAAUAUGGUUACCAGCUUUGGGGCGGAAGGAUCUUUAACCAACUUCAAAACGUGGUUUAAUAUCUUGGCUUGUUCUGCAGUUAGUAACCAUAGUUUACUGGUUCGGUUAAAAGGGAAAACUAUAGUUAAUUCGAGGCAUCCUGGUUUGUUUGUGCCAUGAAGGGAGGAGCAAAGGGGUGCAUAUGCAGACAAAAUGCUAGUUUGUAUCUCAGCUUAAGUGCUCUGGGCCAUUAUGUUAUGAUUUGAUUUGUAAAUAAAAUACAUUCUGCUUUUUUAAGGAAA